CUAGUCUCUGUUUGAAAAAUGGCUAGAUUCGAGCCCUUCGGAGAUCAGCACAAGUUCUGUGAGCCGUCUUGGUAUCAAGGUGCCUUUACGCCUUACUAUACGGCUUCACAUGCUGAGUUCAGGAAACGUGUGAGGGACUUCGUGAUGAAAGAGAUCGACCCUUACGCUGAGAGUUGGCUUGAAAAAGGCGGCUACCCUCUGAGCAUCCACAAGAAAAUGUACGACGCUGGACUGCAACAAGCUGUACUCAGAGUCCCGUCUGAGCUCAGCAAAACGCCACUAGAAGAAUAUGACAUCUUCCACGAGAUAAUAUUUUUCGACGAGAUGGCUAGAGCGGAAUGUUAUCCGCGCAUGAUAAGCAUCGAUUCCAUGGCUUUGCCUCCACUCAUUAAGUACGGCCCGGCUCAUUUACGCGAAAAGUUAGUGCCGCAAGUCGUGAGUGGGGAGAAGCAUAUUGCCCUUGGUAUAACAGAACCCACUGCAGGGAGUGACGUUGCACAAAUCAAAACAACAGCUGUCAAACGGGGAGAUGAGUAUGUUGUAAACGGGCAGAAGAAAUGGAUUACUGGUGGUUUGAUCGCGGAUUACAUAACGCUGGCUGUCCGCACUGGCUCGGAGGGGAUGAACGGCAUAUCCCUUUUAUGUGUUGACAUGAAGUCGCCUGGCAUCACGGUCCGUGGACUUCCUACGAUGGGGGACACCGAUUUGAAGUCCACCUUUGUAACUUUCGAUGAUGUGAGAGUGCCUGCCGAAAAUCUGAUUGGUGUGGAAAACGGCGGUUUCAUUGCUCUCAUGGAGAACUUCAACCAUGAGAGGUUGUUGAUAGCCGUCGGUGCUGCUAGGGGAGCUCGGCGAUGCUACUCUCUAGCAUUGAAGCACGCGAUGAAGCGUAAGACUUUCGGGAAGAAGUUGAUUGAACACCAAGUGAUCCGCUAUAAGCUCGCCGAAAUGGCUAGAAUGGUGGAGUCACUAUGGACUGAGGUGGAACAUGUUGGCCUGCAGUUCAAGCAGAGAGUUCCCGAUCGUCAACUGGGGGCUGAUUGUGCUAUUCUCAAGGUUAACGCGUCUAAGGCAUUCGAGUACUGCGCCAGAGAGGCAGUCCAAAUCUUCGGUGGUGCUGGAGUGACGAGGGAAGGUCAGGGACGUUAUGUGGAACGCUUAUACAGGAGUGUCCGUUUGAGUGCUAUACCCGGAGGAAGUGAAGAGAUACUUCUUGAUUUAACUAUGAGGAUGGUUGCAGCUAAGGCACGCAGCUAGAUGCUGUGAAUCACGAAUCGUGGAAGAUGGAUGACCAUGAUUGUUUCAAUUUUUUUUUC